AUGACAAAAAUUUGCUGACUGAUCAGUUGAUGAAUUUUUAAAAAAUAAUUCACUCAACAUAUCUUGAUAUAAAUAUUAUUAAUAAAUUAUAUUUUCUAAAUAAAUUUUAACAAUAAAAUGGAGCCAAUGACAUUAGGUUCACCAUCUGGAACACCAGCUCAAAGUCCAGGAACACCAGGAUCAAGUUCAGCCUAUUUACCUGGUUUUCUUUUGGGUGAAACAACAACUCCAGCAAGAUUAAACAUGUCAAAUCAUCCAGAAUCAUCAAGAUAUUCAUCGACAAAUUUGACAUCACCAGUAUCAAGUUAUGGAACACCAACAGAUUAUCGUUUAAAUCGUCAAAAAGCAAUGUUUGCAAAUGCAGCAACACCUGGUAGUCCACGUAUUGGUGGUGAAAGUCAAACUGGUGGUCCACCAACAAGAGGAUUAUUUGACAGUCUUGAACCAACUUCACAAAUGCAAGAAUCAUUUACAACAACAACAAAUAACAACAAUAUAUCAUUGUCACGUAAUCAAAGACGUGGUAUGAUUGAUUCACCAAUAAAUGAUUCAUUUUUUUUGGACAAUUCAAUAAAUAUUGGUAGUACAGAAUCAUCACAAGAUUUAUUAAGAUGGAUAACAGUAUUUGGUUUUACUCCAAAUGCAAUUAACACAGUAUUAUCACAUAUAUCAAAUCGUGUACGUAUUGUUGAUAAACAUUUAGCACCACAUCCACAAAGUAAUUGGAUACAUUUAAAAUGUGCUAGUGAACAAGAAGCACAAAGAGCAUUAGCAUGUAAUGGCAAUAUUGUUUCUGGUUCAAUUAUGAUUGGUGUUACACCAUGUUUAGAUGAAGGUGUUGUAUUAUCUCCUGAAAAAGAAAAUCGUACAAUCAAUGGAAGUAUGAGAAUAUUUUCAUCACCAAAUAAACAUGAUAAUUCAAGUAUUUUACAUUCACCUAGAGCACAUAAUGCAAGACCACUUGCUGCUGGUUUUAAUCAACAUAUGAGUCCACAAGCUAUUAUACAAAAUGAAAAUAUACCACAAAAAUCAACUGGAAUUGUAACAAAAGCUAUGGAGUAUGUUUUUGGCUGGUAAAUUUAAUUGACAAUGUAAAAAUUAUUAUUCAUUAGUGACGUUUUUCAUAAAUAAUGUUUAAAUAUUUUUUU